AUGACGUGCGGCGGUCACGGAGGUGGCUCACUGACCACUUUCACGACGCAAAAGGGCGGCCAGAAGCGCCGCAGUUCCGGGCGCGGUAACGGUGGUCGUGGUUCCGGCCAGAACAACGGUCAAAACAACAGCCAAACCGGCCAGCCACGUGGUGGUGGCGGCGGCCGCGGGCGUGGUGGCGGUCGCCGUGGUGGAGGACGCAACGACAACUGGCAACCCAAGCGUAAACUUUGUCAUGUGUUAGGUCAUACUGCUUCCACAUGCUAUCUUUGGUGUGCCAAGGAUCCUCAGGCUAAUGUCAUAUAUCAAGAAACUCCUUUGGAGCCUCAAGGUUCCCACAUCAUGUCACUCCAGACAUCGCUGCUCUCUCCUUCUCGGAUGACUACAAUGGCUGUUAAACAUGAUGAAUGUCGCAAUGCUAUGGAUGAUGAAUUUAAUGCGCUCUUUCAGAAUGAAACCUGGUGUCUUGUCCCAUCUCAGUCUAAUAUGAAUAUUAUUGGGUGUAAAUGGGUUAUCAAACAGCUUGAUGUGCAUAAUGCUUUCUUGAAUGGGUCCUUAUCUGAGACUGUCUAUAUGAAGCAACCACCGGGAUACAUUGAUAAACAAUUUCCUGAUCAUUGUUCAGGUUUCAUUUAUGUUCUUGUUUAUAUUGAUGACAUUCUUGUAAUGGGCAAUGAUCAAGGUCUUAUCAGCUCCCGUAUGACUGCUCUAUCAUCUGCAUUCAAUAUUAGGGAUCUUGGUGAACCUGAUUUCUUCCUAGGGAUUGAAACAAUCAAGUGUAAGGAUGGAAUUUUGCUCUCUCAGCAAAGAUACAUGACAGAUAUCUUAACACAUGCUGGCAUGACAGACUGUAAACCUCUAGCCACUCCUAUGUCUGCUUCUAAACCUAUUAUCUCCAAUGCUGAUUUAUAUGACAAUGCCACACACUAUAGAAGUCUGUCAUCUCCACUUGAGAAAUUCUGUCCGUGGGCUGAGUCAGUUCUUCAUCCCACCACGAUUUCGCCGCCGAUUGGUCCUGUGGCCGUCUCACCCAGCACCGCCGCCUGUGAUUCGGAAUCCUCUCCACCACCGCCCACUACUGCCGCCGGACCAUCUGCCUCGCCAGGCCGUGAGCUGCCUGUUGAGGCCAUCCAGCCUGUUAAACGCCCACGUGGGCGUCCUCGUGGGAAAACGAUCAAGUCAACGGUUCGGACUCAUGAAAUGCACACUCGGAGUCGGUCUCGGGCUCCACCUUCUAUUUUAACGGUUCAGGUUUGUCCUUCGGAUCCCACUUGUUACACACAGGCUGUUAAACAUUCAGAAUGGCGAGAGGCUAUGGAUCAGAAAUUUAAUGCCCUACUACAAAAUCAGACUUGGCAACUUGUGCCAUCUCAGUCAUACAUGAACAUCAUUGGGUGCAAAUGGAUUUUUCGUACCAAACGAAAAGCUGAUGGUUCCAUUGAAAGGCAUAAGGCAAGACUUGUAGCAAAAGGGUUUGAUCAAGUGCCAGGUCAGGACUUCUUUGAUACUUUCAGCCUAGUGGUUAAACCAACCACAGUCAGGUUGCUUCUUUCUAUUGCUUUAUCUUCUGGGUGGACUAUUAAGCAAUUGGAUGUUCAUAAUGUUUUCUUGAACGGACAUCUCUAUAAAACUGUGUAUAUGAAGCAACCGCCUGGAUAUAUUGAUGUUUCCUAUCCAAAUCAUGUAUAUCUGCUAAAAAGGUCUCUUUAUGGAUUAAAACAGGCUCCCCGAGCUUGGUUUGAUCGUUUGCACACCUUUUUACUAUCUAUUGGGUUUCAGAGAUACAUGCAGGAUAUUCUAAAACGUGCUGGAAUGACAGCCUACAAGUCCUUGUCCACCCCAAUUUCCACGUCAAAAUCAAUCGCCAUUGACGCAACUCCAUAUGAUGAUCCUACACAAUACAGGAGUUUAGCAGGUGCAUUACAGUAUUUAACCAUCACUCGUCCUGAUCUAUCCUUUGCAGUCAAUCAGUUAUGUCAACACAUGCAUGCACCUACAGCUACUCACUGGGAACAACUAAAGAGAGUAUUACGAUAUGUCAAAGGAACUGUCAAUUUCGGCCUACAAGUCAGGAAGUCAUCCUCAAGGGAAAUUCAUGCCUUCUCUGAUUCUGAUUGGGCCGGCUGUUCGGAGGAUAGAAAAUCCACAAGUGGUUUUGCUGUUUUUCUUGGGUCUAAUCUAGUAUCAUGGGUCUGCAAGAAACAAAGAACUAUUGCUAGAUCUUAUAUUGAGGCUGAAUAUAAAGCUCUAGCAGAUGCUUGUGCUGAAGUAAUUUGGAUCAUGUCUCUUCUGCGUGAAAUCUGUGUUACAGGGAUCUCGGUUCCCAAAUUAUGGUGUGAUAAUCUUGGAGCUACAUAUAUGUGUGCCAAUCCCAUCUUCCAUGCUCGCACCAAACAUGUAGAGAUAGAUUAUCACUUUGUGCGAGAUAAAGUUAUUACUGGAGAGAUUCAAUUAAAUUUUAUCUCAACAAAAGAUCAACUUGCAGAUAUAUUCACCAAAGCCUUGUCUGGUCCUAGAUUUUCUUUUCUCAGAGACAAGCUACAAGUUACAAGUGUUCCAUGUGCUUGA